UCACCCUCUUGGCAGGCAUUAAAAACAGGGUUCUUCUUGCUGGCUACGUGAUCUAAAUAGUCAGGGAUCAUAGGACCAGUGAGGUGAUAUCACAGUGUCCCACACUUAGAUUGGAUUAUGCUAUAACAUUACAAAGCCAACUCGGAGUGAGGUAGCACAUCCCACCAUUACUUUGAAUUAACUAUGUAAGAGCGCUAUGGGUCCCCUGUUGCUUUUUUGAAGUCAAAAGAUAAACAGACUUUUAAAUAAUAUGCUCAUAGUUAACUUUGUGCUGUUUGCAGGAUUCACUAAUAUAAUAGGCACAUCAGCAUCAAGUAAGCAAAAUGGAUGAAGAAGGCAUCAGAAAACGAAGUUCAAAUCAAGAACCUGAUGAAACGCCCAUCAAGAAAAGCAAAUCUAUGAAUCUACAGAAAGAGGUGGGCCUGCUUAGUGGAAUCGGUCUCAUUGUUGGAACAGUGAUUGGUUCGGGAAUCUUUGUUUCUCCAAAGGCCGUUCUGGCUAAUGUUGGAGCUGUUGGGCCCUGCUUAGUCAUCUGGGCAGCCUGUGGAGUGCUCGCUACGUUAGGGGCAUUUUGUUUUGCCGAACUUGGAACAAUGAUAAAAAAAUCAGGAGGAGACUAUUCUUACCUCAUGGAAGCCUUUGGCCCAAUCCCUGCAUAUUUGUUUUCCUGGGCAAGUCUCAUGGUCACCAUGCCCAGUUCCUUUGCCAUCAUUUGCCUCAGCUUUGCUGAGUACACAGCGGCUCCGUUUUAUCCGGGUUGUGACCCCCCCACGAUUGUCAUCAAGUGUCUGGCAGCAGCAGUCCUCUUUACAAUUACUCUGGUGAAUGCCCUGAGUGUGAAGUGGGCGAGCUACAUACAGAACUUUUUCGCUGUGGCUAAAAUGGUGAUUGUCAUAAUUAUCAUUGUAAGUGGGAUUGUUCUUCUAGCCCAAGGAAAUACAAAGAACUUCAACAAUUCGUUUGAUGGUCCCCCGCUUUCUGUGGGUACCAUUAGUCUUGCAUUUUAUAAUGGACUCUGGGCCUAUAGUGGAUGGAAUCAACUUAAUUAUAUCACAGAGGAACUUAAAAAUCCUAAUAGAAAUCUACCACUCUGUAUUGGUAUUGGAAUCCCUCUGGUCACAGUUUGUUAUGUUCUGAUCAAUAUAUCCUAUUUCACGGUUAUGACGACAACAGAACUUCUGCAGUCUCCAGCUGUUGCUGUGACAUAUGGAGAUAGGGUUCUUUAUCCUGCUUCCUGGAUAGUCCCUCUCUUUGUGGCUUUUUCUGCCAUCGGGUCAGCCAAUGGGACUUGCUUUACUGCUAGCAGGCUUCCUUACGUAGCUGGUCGUGAAGGACACGUGUUAAAGGUGCUCUCUUACAUCAACAUCAAGCGCUUAACUCCAGUGCCUGCUAUUAUCUUUUAUGGUGCAAUAGCUAUGCUUUACAUAAUUCCUGGAGACAUCAACACCCUCAUCAACUACUUUAGCUUUACGGUUUGGAUAUUCUAUGGUCUAACUGUGCUGGGACUCAUUGUCAUGCGCUUUACAAGAAAAGAUCUUGAAAGGCCUAUCCGUGUCCCUCUUAUCAUCCCCAUCCUUGUGCUGUUGGUUUCCAUUGUGCUGGUCCUGGCACCCAUCAUCACUGCACCUGAGCUGCCAUAUCUGUAUUGCGUUCUGUUUAUUAUCAGUGGACUUGUCUUUUAUGUACUUUUCAUCCACUUCAAAUUCAGCUGGGCUCAAAAAAUCUCAAAGCCCAUCACUAUGCACCUUCAGAUGCUUCUGGAAGUAGUUCCACCAGAAGAUGUUCCUGAAUAACAUUGAAUUUUUCCAUUAUUAAAAAGGCUAGAUCCUGGAAAUGGUUCAGCAGGUAUGAUACAUAAUGUCCACAACUAUAGGUCUCAAUGCUGAGGAUAGGAGACAUUUGUGAGACAAUAAGUGUCCUGAAAAAGACACUGUUCUGUUCUUUUCCCCUGUAAAAUGCAUUCAUUUUUGUAACACGUUGUAUUCAGGGAUUUUCAGCAUCUUAAGAAAAUAUCUGAAUGGGGGGAAAGACCUGAGGAUUUGUAGGCCAUGGACUUUAUUUCAGGUAUGGAAUUUCCACAUUAUUUUCUCAGCAAGCUGAAAGGACAGAACAUACAGUAUUACAGUGUCAUCUACCAGCAAACAAACAUGGAAGCGCAAAGAUGAAAUCUCAUAUAUUAAAUGUCUUACAGAUUUAUAAAGGGUAGAAACCCAAAUGAAAUGACAGGAGAAUAUAUGGGAGGGAGAAAGACAUGUGAUCCAAACUAUGGUUACCAGACGUCCCCGGCUCCACCAAUCUGUCCCCGGGCAGAAUCCGCCCCUGGAAUGUCCCCGGAUUUAAUGUAAUGUCCCCUGAUUAAUCAUAUGCCUGGGGACUUCCGGUGAUGGAACAUGGUGGGCGCAUGCAGGCUCAGCAGCAGCCUCAGCAAAACCCCGCUACACCCUGGCUUGCGAGGAGACCCUCCCCAGAGCCCGAAGCAGUCAUCUGGUACAACUCCCUCCUCGGGAGCCCGAAGUGCAGUGGGGCUUUGCUGCAACUCUCCCGCCUAACAGUUGACACAGGAAAAGAAUCCUCCCACUCCAUCAGCUCUGCAAACAGCCCUGCUCCUCCUGCUUGCUUGAGCUGGGUCUCUCCUGCAAGCUCAAGAGGAAGGUGCACUUUUUCAUGCCUUUAAAGCCCCCUUUGCUGCAUUCUGCCUGCUUGUGAGCUGAGCUACCAAGCCGGCAGAAAGCAGGAUGCUGCCUUGAGCCUUCCCUUCACUUGUCUUCCCAGACAGAGGUUGUUGCUUCAAAGUUAGGCUGGAUCCAAGAAGCUACAUCUUUGAUCUGGCUACCACCAUUCCUCUUACCAUUGGUUUGGGGUCAGGGUUCCACAAUAUGUUGGUUUGGGAUGUGCAAGCUAGGUUUUCCAUGCUGUGCUCAGCUGUUGUCUCAUUCCUGAGACAGCAGGCAAGUAAGUGGAAAUAAUCUCAAAGGGGUCAAAGUCAGGACUCAUUUACUGAGCAGGUGGUGAUCUUGGAACAGACAUGUUUGUUGCUUUUCAAAAUUACUUUUGUGAAAGAUUUGCAGGAAAACCAAAGAUGUAGCAUUUCAUACUGCUGCAAACAUGGGAUGAACUGCUGGUAAAUGGAACACUAGACAUUCUUUCCCUACCUUCCUCUGGCCUUCUCUAGAUUCCUUGUGCGCGCUGAAAAGCCAAAGUUCCAGCAUUACUAUUUUGUGACUUGUUGCAAAU